GGGGACUGGCAAGGGGCGGCGCGCGCGGCCAGAGCCCGCGCCCCUCCCCCACCGUCCCUCCCCGCCCCACCUCCACCCCUGCUCCCCCGUCCCGCCCCCGCCACCAUCUGCUAGGGAUUUGGUGGCGGCGGUCCGGGCGCCUGCGGCUCUGGCUCUCCCUCGGGCUCCAGCCCAGCCGCGCCCCCGCCGGUGCCCUGCAACCUGCUGCUCGGCCUCCCGCGCCACCUGCCCGCAGAUCUGAGCGUUCCCAGGGUCCGAGCCCCCAGACGGAUGCUGAUGGAAGCGCUGCGAUGUUCGCGCCCAGGCUGCUGGAUUUCCAGAAGACCAAAUACGCCAGGUUCAUGAACCACCGAGUUCCUCCCCACAAGAGGUACCAGCCAACGGAGUACGAACAUGCGGCCAACUGUGCCACCCACGCUUUCUGGAUCAUUCCCAGCAUCCUUGGCAGCUCCAACCUCUACUUCCUGUCAGACGAUGACUGGGAGACCAUUUCUGCCUGGAUCUACGGCCUCGGUCUCUGCAGCCUCUUCGUGGUGUCCACCGUGUUCCACACUGUCUCCUGGAAGAAGAGCCACCUCAGGAUGGUGGAGCACUGUCUGCACAUGUUCGACCGGAUGGUCAUCUACUUCUUCAUAGCGGCCUCCUAUGCACCCUGGCUGAACCUCCGGGAGCUGGGCCCCUGGGCCUCACACAUGCGUUGGCUGGUCUGGAUCAUGGCCUGUGUUGGCACCAUCUAUGUCUUCUUCUUCCAUGAGCGGUACAAACUUGUGGAGCUGCUCUGCUACGUGGUCAUGGGCUUCUUCCCUGCCCUGGUCAUCCUUUCAAUGCCCAACACUGAGGGGAUCUGGGAGCUGAUGACCGGAGGGGUCUUCUACUGCUUGGGCAUGGUGUUCUUCAAGAGUGACGGCAGAAUCCCCUUUGCUCACGCCAUCUGGCAUCUCUUUGUGGCAUUCGGUGCUGGUACCCACUACUAUGCCAUCUGGAAGUACCUCUAUCUACCCAGCACCCUGCAGACCAAGGUGUCCAAAUGAAGUGGCCCAGUCGCGAUGGGUCACUUGGACUUUUGGAGCAGAGCAUCAAGGGAAGUGUUUCUCGAACUUUAGACCAACGCACGGUGCUGAGGACUGCCUGCCCUUUCAUUGGUAGAGUUUUUGAUGGGUCUGAGGUUACUUCUGGUGACAGAAGGACCAUCAUCCCUUGAAUCCCCAGGGAGAAAGAAAGCAUUUAGUCAUUUUUACAGAGGAGAGAUUAACCCUGUAAUGUGUUUCCAAUUUUAGAAAAGUGUUUCCUAAUACAACCAACAUUGACAUCUUCAGGAAAGGAAGCAGACAUUGUCCUGGCAAACUGGGGAAUGACAGGCCAAUAAGUGCUUCUUAAGGUCCUGAGGAAUCAGGCAGGUAGUCGGUGGCUUGUUGGUACCCAACUAGCCAGAGCCUCCCUCUUUGCUACCAAAGUCCUGGCUGGGGAAUUGUCCCCUAUUCAGGGAAAGUCACCCAGUAUGUAGAUGGGUGUGGUGAGUAGUCCAGAAGAUGGACCUGCUGACUGCAGCCGUGUUCAGUGGCAUCAGGCCUCUCUUCAGCACAGUUUUCUGGGCAGCCACAACCUGUGGAUUCUGUUGUGAUGGAACCUCUCCUGCCUCUCCUGCCCCAUGUACUCUGACAUGGGAUGGUGACCAGAGCAGUUAAAAGUCUCCGUAUAGGGGAGCAAGCCCAUCUCCUUAGCUCCCUCUAUGGUUUCCCUUUUGGGGAAGCUCCUGGUGUGGGCAAUAUGGGGGCUGUGGAGGGAGGCCGAGGCUCACACUCGGGCAAUCCCUGGCAUUCUGCCCCACCAGAGCUGAUCUUAAUUCAGAGGAGAAGUGAAUAGCUGUUACUUGGUCAUGUCUUUUCAUCCCCCUAAAUCCAGAGAAAUUAUGAAAGCUGCUCAUUCAUAAGAGGGGCCAGACAGAUCCUGGGAACUUGUUCACUUGUACCAUGUUUAGGGUUUGUGAUGCCAGCAUCCGGAUUCUCUCCUGGUGCCAGUCAGUGGCCCUUAGAGGCCUCCCAGAUGCACCUGAGGGAAGACACAUGGAUCCAGGCAGAGUGUCUGGGACACCCUUAACCUCUGAAGUGCCUAGUGGCCCAGCAGCGAGAUGUCCACACAGCCCCAUUCAGGGCUGGGCUGGGCUCUCUGUAAAAUGCUCCCUGGACGUUCACUGGGGAGGCAAGUGGCAGGCCCAGCUCCAGGCUCUGAACUGAAAUCUCAGAAUCUCGGGAUCAAGAGUCUGUCUCACAUUAGGAGGUCCUUA